UCAGAGAAAACGAAACUUAUCCCAGAGUGCUUCUCUCCCUCUCUCUCUCUCUCUCUCUCUCUCAGACUCCGAGAUCAGGAAAAUGGCAGAGGCCAGUAUUUCAGUAAAUCAGGACCAGUUCAGCUGUCCAGUCUGUCUGGAUCUGCUGAAGGAUCCAGUGACGACUCCCUGUGGACACAGUUUCUGUGUGGUGUGUAUUAAUGGCUGCUGGGAUCAGGAGGAUCAGAGGGGGGUCUACAGCUGCCCCCAGUGCAGAGAGACCUUCACUCUGAGGCCUGUUCUACGCAGAAACAACAUGCUGGCUGAAGUGGUAGAGAAACUGAAGAAGCCAGAACUCCAAGCUGCUUCUCCUGCUCACUGUUACGCUGGACCUGGAGAUGUGGAGUGUGAUUUCUGCACUGGGAGGAAACUCAAAGCCAUCAAGUCCUGUUUGAUGUGUGUAGCGUCUCUCUGUGAAACUCAUCUUAAACCUCAUCUGGAAAUUCCAGCCUUGAUCAAACACCAACUGGUCCAAGCCUCCUCACGACUACAGGAGAAGAUCUGCUCUCAACAUGAUGAAGUGGUCAAGAUCUACUGCCGUACUGACCAAAGCUGCAUCUGUUAUUUGUGUACGAUGCAUGAACACAAAGGCCACGAUACAGUAGCAGCUGCAGCCGAGAGAACCGAGAAACAGAAUCAGCUGAAGAAGGUUCAGAGGAAAUCCCAGCAGAGACUCCAGCAGAAAGAGAAGAAGCUGCAGGAGCUGAAACAGGCUGUGGUCACUCUUAAGAGCUCUGCAGAGGCAGCAGUGGAGGACAGUGAGAGGAUCUUCACUGAACUGAUCCGCUCCAUCGAGAAGAAGCGCUCUGAGGUAACAGAGCUGAUCAGAACUCAGGAGAAGAACCAGCUGAGACAAACUGAAGAACUCCUGGAGAACCUGCAGCAGGAGAUUGAUGAUCUAAAGAGGAGGAACACUGAGCUGGAGCAGCUUUCAGUCACAGAGGAUCACAUCCAGUUCCUCCAGAGCUUCCAGUCUCUGAGAGUCUCUUCUGGAUGUGAGGACUCCUCCAGCAUCACUGUCCAUCAACAUCCCUCAUUUGAUGGAGUGAGGAAAUCUCUCUCUGAUCUGAAAGACAGACUAGAGGAAUUCUGCAAGGAGGAGUUCAGGAAAAUCUCUCCACAUGCUGCAGCAGUUCAGACGAUCUCAUCCUCAGAGCCGAGAACCAGAGAAGACUUUCUACAGUCUGCAGCAGUUCAGACGAUCUCAUCCUCAGAGCCGAGAACCAGAGAAGACUUUCUACAGUAUUUCUGUCCACUGACUCUGGAUCCCAACACUGUACAUCAUCAACUCAUUCUGUCUGAGCAGAACAGAUUGGUGAAGUGGAGAGGAGGAGGGCAGCGUUACUCUGACCACCCAGAGAGAUUUGACCACUGGUAUCAGGUGUUGUGUAAGGAGAGUCUGAGUGGACGGUGUUACUGGGAGGUCGAGUGGAGGAGAGGGCUAUUUGGUUUUGACAUGGUGUUCAUAUCAGUGUUGUAUAAAGGGAUCAGCAGGAAAGGACGGAGUAAUGAGAGCGAGUUUGGAUGCAACAAUCAGUCCUGGAGUCUGAGGUGUUCUUCUAGUCUCUCUUUCUGGCACAACAACAUUGAGACUGAGCUCUCAGCUCCAUCUUCCUCCAGAAUAGGAGUGUAUGUGGAUCACAGGGCAGGAACUCUGUCCUUCUACAGCGUCUCUGACACACUGACCCUCCUACACACGGUCCACACCACAUUCACUCAGCCGCUCUACGCUGGGUUUGGGCUCGGUCUGUGGUCAUCAGCUAAACUGUGUGACUCAGUAAUGAAACUCAAAUAAAGAAUGAAGAUUAUUUUAUGUUCUUCAAUGAAAAUGAAAUAUCUAGAUUUGAUGCUGUGAUAUUUUAGAGAUUUAGAUUCUUAAUAUUUGCUGCAGUUACAUUAUAAAUUGAAUCCAGGCUUUGAUUGAACAUUUAUUUCACACUUUUAGUCUCCAUCACUGUUAAACUCUCACCCAUCAGCUGUCAGUCCCGUCUUGAGCCCUGUUGGAGCUGGAAUAGUCUGAUCUGGGGAGGUGCUGUAAUCUGAGUGGUCCCCGCCGAGAUCUGUGACUCUAAUCCAGUAUGAACCUGCAGUGUCUGUAGUUUUUACACGUCUGCUCAGUAACAAUUCCAGAGUGAAUUACCUUCUAUAACUAGGCUGCCUGAACCAGUAGUGCUCGGCUGCAUGAGCAGCGCUACUCCGCAGUUACGAGGCCUGUCGGGCCGGCCGCUUGGAUAACGCUGCGUAUGAGGCUGCCUGGACUGCUGGUGUUCGGCUGCAGGAGAAAGCUGCCCCUUUGUGGCGAAGCACAUCUUCAGCCUGCGAGGCUUCCCAGGCCGGCCUCCUGUGUGAUGCAGCGGAGUUGCAGCAUGAGACUUUUCCUCGCCGCUAAGGACUCUUUUCAGAGUGACUCUGUGCUGUGGUCACUGAAAUCUCUUUCGCUAGCUGUGGGAACUGUGGAGUGUGUGUGUGUGUGUGUGUGUGUGUGUGUGUGUGUGUGUGUGUGUGUGUGUGUUCUGUAUUGUUGAUCAUGUAUUGAUUGUAAAGCGUCCUUGGCCGUGGGGAAUAUAAAUAAAUAAAAGUCUUGAUGAUGAUGACGAC